AUGACAGAGAUAUUUAGUUAUGCUUGGAAUUCAAACGCUGGACCGAGUAAAUCAAACACUCUAAACCAAAACAUGGUUGCUUUAAGACCGAAGAAGCGUAAAGGUUCAAUCUUUUUACAAUCACCAUGGCACAAAGUCUAUCUACAAGAUUCAGAAUUAUGUCACAGCAUCAGUAUUUCGGAACAAGAAUGGACCCUUGCGACAAACACGCUAUGUGAGGAGGUCGAUCCAAAUGAGGUGAUAUCUCCUUCAAAGAGGAGACUUGUUGUAUCCAUAAAUCUUAUGCGACAACUUCUCCAACCGGCACCACCAUUGGUUUUCUCAGGCAACAAUACAUGUUUCAGCUAUGAGAUCAUGCUUUACUUUGUGCCGAGAAUCGCCCUCGGUGAUGCAUGUUCUCUCAAAUGCCACUCCGAUUUGGAUAAGAGCACAAAGCGUCCUACUUCCAAGACGGCUAGUUAUCAAGAUCAACAUAUUUUUUCACUUGUCAAAGCUUUCAUGGAGAAAAUGCAAAAGCUUGAGAGUGACUUCCAAAGCCGCGAGAGGAGUACCACAUCAAUAUUCGACAUCAUCUUAGAAAUCGAAGACCUAGAAAGAUUCUCUGUAAUAAACCGUCUUGCCAAGUUUCACAGUCGCGCAAAGACCGUUACAAGAUCAGUUCCGCAGAGAUGUGUUGUUGAAAUACAGAUGCCAAAGAACCUACCCGAGCCACUACACUGUCUUCCUUUGUAG